AAGUAAAGAUAAGGAAGGAGAGCCACCCACACCAUUUUAUUUAUAGAAAAUAUUGUAAAGCUCCAUUGCUGGCAGUAGCAGUGAAAUGAGAGCAAUUGAAAUAUACUGGUAUGGGGGCUUAGCCGCUUCCACUCUAUCACAAUCAUCAUUGUCGUGUAUUUCCAAGGUUCAUCAGAGAUGCCUGCGAACAAAAAUCAAAGCAGUUGCAAGUAGUCAUGAGAAGGAAGAGGCUUGUGUGAAGUUUGCCUUUGUCAGCUCAGUACUCCUACCAGAUGGGACACCAGAUGUGCAGCUAAGGAAAGCAUGUGGCGGCCAAAAACUUAGGGACAUAAUGCUCGAUGCUAAUGUCGAGUUGUAUGGACCUUAUGCAAGACCUUUGCUCAAUUGUGGGGGAGGAGGAACUUGUGCUACAUGUUUGGUUGAGGUUGUUGAAGGAAAGGAGCUACUCAACCCUCGCACAGACAAGGAGAAUGAAAAUUUAAAACGGCAUCCAAAUAAUUGGAGGCUUGCUUGUCAGGCAAUAGUUGGUAAACCUGAUUCUAGAGGCAUGAUGACCAUUCAGCAACUUCCGGAAUGGAAAGCACACGAGUGGAAUUAUAGAGGAUUACCGCCUAAUGAAGAGGAAGAAGAAGAAGCAGCAUCAAUUUCUUCAUCUUCAGCCUGAGUUUUUAUCUUUACACAACAGCUUGAUCAAUUAUGUAUGUCAUGUCACAAUAACCAGCUCUUCUCUUUUUGAGUCCAAUUAUAUAUGAGCUUCAUAAAUUUCUAAAAGUAAAAGAAAAUACUUGGAAUGGGAACAAUAAUUGAUUAGUA